CAACCCGAUUCUGGACUAUAAAUACCCGACAUUUUGGAAACUUUCAGUUAUAGAAUACGUCCAGUUCCAUCAUAUAGCAAUUAUGUCGAAGUUUGUGCUGCUCUUGGUCAUCUGCUCCCUGUGUUUGCUGCAAGUCAAAUCACAGGCGAAUCGCAGGACAUGUGAACAACUUACUCGUGUCUGUGAGAGAAAUGAAACGAGAAUCGGCAUUGAAGAUUCCGUCACUAAAUAUUUGAAUGCCGAAUGUCGCAGAAGAGAUGUCAGAUGGAAGAAUAUAACUCGUUGUCAGCUCGAACGCGCUGCUUGCGAAUUAUCUUUGGUGGAAUGCGGUCAAUUGAGCUGUGCCAACAUUGUCAGAGUCCUCCGUCGUUAAACAAUGAUCUAAACAAAUUUGCAAAUAAAUCAAAAUCUGUAAAUUGACCAAUAAACUACAUAUAUUUGUAA